AUGCAGACUGUGGAUGAUACACUAAAGAUCAUAGCCAGAUGGAUGCGUGAGCACAGACUCGAAAUAGCUGUGGAAAAAACAGAGGCGAUUUUACUGAGCCGCAAGAGAAAAGUUGACCAUAUAAGGUUUAAUCUUAAGGAUAUAAUAAUAAAUCCAGUAAAGCAGGUCAACUAUCUUGGAUUCGACAUAGACCGUGCACUCACGAUGAGCCUGUCCAUCAAGGAGGUGUGUUUAAAAUCACAAAGAAGUGCUAAAGCGUUGUCCGCAAUACUGCCAAGCGUUCGGGGCCCAACACCAGGAAAGAGAAGAGUGUUAGCAUAUGCGUGCCAGAAUAUUAUUAUGUAUGGAGAACCUGUGUGGGAUGAAGCAACCAAUAUACACGUAAAUAAAACAAAACUUGAGGAUGGACAGAGAGUCAUGGCUUUGAGAGUGUGCUCGGCGUAUCGGACAACUUCAAUUGAGGCAGCCUUGGUAAUAUCGGGUCUGGUGCCCCUGCAUUUUCUCUCAAAAGAAGGAGGAUGA